CCCCUCCGGCUGGCAAUCAAUAAUCCAUGUCUUCCUUGGCCUCUUCAUCCUCUGAACCCAAAUUGACCUUCGAAUACGAUGUCUUCUUAACUUUCAAUGGUCUUGCAGAUGGGGUAAGAACCUUUCUUGAGGAUUGUUUAAGGAACGCUGGAUUCAAAACUUUCAUUCAUGACAUGGUCAGGGAUUAUUCCACAUGGGAGAUGAUGGAAAGGUGUAGAAUUGUGGUGGUGGUAAUCACACCAGACUUUGUUUGGUCCGGCAAAUGUCUUGAGAUACUUCUGAAUUUAAUGCCUGGUCCCAAAACAGUGUUGCCUUUCUUCAAUGGAAUGAGCAAGAAUGAAGCGCGUGUGCAGUUCGAGAGCUUCCAUUUGCGAAGAUAUGAGAACGAAGUUAGUUACUACGAACUGAAUUUGCAUAUGCGAAGAUUUGAGAAUGAAUUGAGUGUGCUGUUGGAGAUUUUGCAUUUGCCAAGGUCUAAUGAUGAUUAUAUCUUCGAUUGGGACUUCCAACCAAGAGCCGACGCUGUGUGUGAUUCGCUACAUGGCUUCUCACUGACGGAUGAUUUUGGGGACCAAGAAUUGGUCAAUAACCUUAUUGCAAAAGCCAUAUCACAAGUAGGGUUGCUACCUCGUGUGAGACAAGUGCUUGACCGAUUAGGCUGGAAAUCCCAUCAUGUAGAAAAUACAAUCAUAGUCGGAAUUUGGGGGGUUGGAGGUGUCGGCAAAACUACCAUUGCCAGAGCUAUUUAUGAUACAAUUGGUAUCCAUUUCAAUUGCAAAAGUUUCCUUGCUAAUAUCAAGGAUGCAUGGGAGAAAAAUAAUGGUCAAGUUCUUCUACAAGAGCAACUUCUUUCAGAUAUUCAUGUGAAUCAUAUGAGGCAAGGACCUUAUAGAGGGGCCCUAAUAGUACUUGAUGAUGUAAAUCAAGUAGGCCAACUCACUGAACUGUGUGGAAAUGGAGAGCAGUUCGGUAAAGGGAGCUUGAUUUUUGUCACAACAAGAAACAAGGAUUUACUUGAUCACUUUGUUGACAAAUCAUGCAAAGUGGAAAAGUUGGAUGACAGUGAGUCUCUUCAGCUUUUUGGUUGGCAUGCAUUUGAAAACAUUGAUCCAACAAAUGAUUUUGUGAAUCUUUCUAGGAAAGUAAUUACUUUAUGUGAAGGGCUACCAUUGAUUCUUGAAGUUGUAGGCUCUCUUUUGCGUAAUAAGACAAAAUCGGAGUGGAAAAAAGUAUUGAAUAAAUUAAAAAAUGUUUCAAGUGAGUAUGAGUUAUGUUACUGA